AUGCCGGAUUACCUCGAUGGACGUCGUCGUAGUGGGAUCUAUAGCGACAAUAGUUCAACAGCUUGCAGUACAACCAAAUUAGGGUCCAGCUCCGAUGUCUCAGAGACCACAGCCGUAGAAGACGAUGAUGCCAACAGCCAUCGGUUAUCGACACCGGAUCGUAAGACUUCCUCGAACCUCCCAUCGUAUUCCUCGGAUGAGAAAUCCCCAGAGUAUUUUACAGAGGAGCAAGGAGAGAAAGGAGCAGAUGGCCACCUAUCAGACGACGACCCAGCUUUACGAGAUAUCCCGUGGCCCGUUCGACGAGUAGUCAGUCUUGAAGAUGAUCCAUCAACACCCGUUAUUACGUUUCGAUACUUUAUUCUUACGGUUUUAUUCAUUGCUCCAGGAGCAUUCCUAUCACAGCUGAACGAGUUCCGUACAACAUACGCCUCGUAUUCGAUAUUCUUCGUACAAAUCGCCUCCAACUAUGCCGGGGAAUGGCUGGCUAAAGUUUUACCUGCUUGGGAGGUCAAAAUUCCAUUUACGAAGAAGAGUUUCAAUCUUAAUCCUGGUCCGUUCAGUGCCAAGGAGCAUGUUUUGGUAACAAUCUCAUGUGCUUCUGGCGCUACAUAUAACCUCGCAUGGGUUCCCAUUUCACUAUCUGAGCUUUACUUCGGUAAUCCUAUUCACCCUGCCGUGUGUCUGUUCUUCAUGUUGGCUGUGGUAUGGAUUGGGUACUCGUAUGCUGCAUUAGCUCGACAAUUUCUGAUUUAUGAUCCCCAAUAUCCAUGGUAUCAAGCAUUAUGCCAAACAGCAUUAUUCGAGACGCAGAAGAAACAGAGAGAGUCACCGUCUCCAGUCUCACGGAGACAGAUGCUAAUCUUCUUCCUCACGCUGAUCGGCGUCAUGAUCUGGCAGUUCCUCCCAGAAUUUGUCUUCCCAUUCCUCCAAUCUCUUGCCUUGCUGUGCUGGAUAGCGCCGCGUAACAAAACCGCAAACUUUGUUGGUGGAGGACUAGGCGGAAUGGGAUUCCUGAACAUCUCACUCGACUGGUCCAAUGUUGGCAAUUCAAAUCUAGUGGGAAGCUUGUUUUUGACUCCUUGGUGGACCCAGGUCAUUGUAUUCAUCGCUUUUGCUGUCAACUGCUGGGUUCUUCUUCCACUAGCGAAAUGGGGAGGAUUAGGGUCCUGGGACCAUCACUUGAUGUCCAACCGUUUAUUCACAGCAAAUGGCACGAGUUAUCCAAUUCGCGACCUCAUUUCGCCCGAUAUGUCCCUUGAUGAAGUUGCGUAUGCUGCACACGGACCCCCGUAUAUAGGAACUCAGCUCCUUUGGGCGCUGUUCUUCGACUACGCAUCUUAUACUUCGGCGAUAGUUUGGAUGGCACUAUUCGGCUACCCCUUGAUAAAAUCGUCGAUCCAGAGAUGGCGAGAGCGUCGGAGCGACGAGAAGAAGCCAUCCGUGAACCAUGAAUACAAUGACCAGCUCAAUGUCCUUAUGCGAUCGUAUUCGGAGGUGCCAUUAUCGUGGUAUUUGGUUUUGUUCAUCGCAUCAUUUACGAUCAUUAUCACUCUUUUGGCAAACGGAUACAUGUUUAUUCCGUUAUGGACUUGCUUUGUUGCAAUGGCGACAGGAGCGAUUGUAGUUGUUCCUUUGGGUUGGCUAUAUUCAAUAUCCAAUUUCCAACUUGCUAUUGGGUCUACUAAUGAGGUCAUCUACGGACUUAUGGUUAAUUGUGUUUCCGGACACAAGAAUCCGGCUGGCGCUUCAGUAUAUGGGACAAUUGCUGGUGACGCUUGGUAUCGAGCCCAGGUCAUGCUUCAAGAUCAGAAACUAGGCCAUUAUAUGCAUAUACCACCUCGGGCCGUCUUUUUCUCUCAGAUCUUCGGCUCUUUCAUCGGAGUCCCUAUCAACUACGGCGUUAUCAGAUGGGUUCUAGAUACAAAAAGCGGGUUUCUUUCAGGGGCAGAAAUAGACCCUACACAUCAGUGGACUGGCCAAAAGCUCGCCCAAUACCUCACAGUCGGUGUUCAAUAUGUCCUCGUUGGGCCUAAACGCCUAUUCGCCUUGGACCUCUAUCGUCCACUCCCUUAUGGCUUCCUCGCUGGAGCCCUCGCCCCCUUUGUACUAUACAUCCUCCACCGCUGCUUCCCGCGCGCCAAACUUAGCCUCUGGAACAGCACCAUUUUCUUCAGCAUGAUGUCGACCUUCUGGGGCAACGUCAGCACCGGCUACACCUCCAGCCUAAUCGGCGGCUUCGUCGUCAUGUACUGGGCGUACCGGCGGCACUACGAGGUGUGGGCACGCUACAACUAUAUCCUGGCUGCGGCGUUUGAUGCCGGCUAUAAUUUCAACAUGUUGAUUAUUUUCCUUUGCUUUGGGGCCGGUAAGAUUAUUACAAUGCCGCAUUGGUGGGGCAAUAAUGCUACUAGUGUGGAGAGGUGUUUUGCUUUGAAUGAUGAUUAG